AUGGAAUGCUCUAUUUGUUGUGAAACAACAGAACUUUUAGAAUUGCAAUGCAGUUGUCAAAUCUGUUCAUGCUGUAUGUUAAAAUCAAUUGAUGCAAAAUAUUAUGAAGUAAUUGAGGAAAUUCAUUGUCCAGGUUCAUGUCAAAGUAAACAUUCAGUAUAAGGAUUAAUGUCCAAUUUGGGGGGGUUGAAUGAUCUUUUACUAGAAAAAUAUAUAAAAACUACUUAAGACAUUAGGUUAUGUCCCAAAAAUGAUUGCUAGUAUGGCGGAAUAAUAAAGCACAAUUGUUAACACUUUGAAUGCGAAUGUGGAUAUCAAUUCAAGAUAAAAGAUGAAAAGUGGAAUUUAAGGAGCAUAUUUUUGAAUUUUAUCACUAUAAAGGAUUGUCCAAAAUGUUAAAGAAGGAUUUUUAAAAAUGGAGGAUGUAAUCAUAUGACCUGUAAAUGUUAAUAUGAAUUCUGUUGGAUUUGUACAUAGAAUUUCAAAGAACAUAACAAAUUAAAGUGCUAUUCGAACAUCUUUAUUAAGAUAUCUUUACUAGUGUUGAUGUUUAUAAAUAUAGUAUAUUCAUUGAGAUUGCUAGAAAGUUUUAUGACAGUAGUUUUAGUACUUGUGAAACUAGUGCUAUUUAAUGGAAGUCUAAUAUUCUUAUAUUUGGGUAUUAUUGAACUGUACUAAAUAUCAAAAUUGAAUUUGGAAUGCUCAAAAUAUUAUAGUAAUGGAAAUGAAACCUUUAAAAGGAUUAUUAAUUAGAAAUGGAUUAUGUUUACAUUGCUUAUGGGUCAGUUUUGUCUACUAUGUUUCUUUUUUUAUUUAUGCUACCAAGAAUAGUAUUAAUUAUUUGUAUUAUUAAGAUUUAUCGAAACUUACUGUCAUUUCUUAUUUUCGGAAUUUUCAAUAUUUAUAAUAUUAGGAGCAACACUUUGGAUAAGAUCUAGGAAAUGA